AUGACAAGAUCAGAAAAACUUGUAAGUGAUGAUCAACAAGCAUCGGGUUCAUCAGACCCGGAAUUAGAUGACACAUCAGCCCAAGAUACCGAAGAAAUACAAUCAAAUCCUUCUUUAUUGCAAGAUACAAUUACAAACAAAACGCCAUCAAUUUUUCUUUCAUCAGAAGAUGCGGAAGAAAGUCAUUCAACAAGUAAUAUGUUUCAAUUGAGUGAUAAUCCUUCCCUAUGGAAUUUAAAUAAUGAAACACGAGAUUUCAUAACUAUAAACGGUUUACCACAAACUAAUGUAACUGAUUUUAAAAAUUCACGAAAUGUUUAUAAUGAUAAAACGAGGUUUUGUUCUAAAAGCUUAUUACAACGUACUUUAAAGAACGGAGAAAUUCAACAUCGCGAGUGGUUAAUUUAUUCAGAAAGUAAAGGAUCUGUAUUUUGUGCUCUAUGUUUAUUAUUUGGUAAGAGUGGUGAAGUAAACGCUUUUACUGGUGAAGGGUUUAGAGAUUGGAAAAACUCAAAAACGCGCAUUGAAGCUCAUGAAAAUUCUGAUUUUCACAAAACUAACAUCAGUCAUUUCAAAGCUCGAGCUGCCAUUCAAGGCCGCGUUGAUCAACGUUUAAUGAUGCAGCUUGAUGAAGAAAUUUUAUAUUGGAAAAAAGUUUUGCAUCGAGUAAUUGUGAUAAUUAAAUCCCUCGCAAUAAGAGGGCUGCCAUUUAGAGGACAUUCAGAACGAAUUGGAGAUCCCCAUAAUGGUAAUUUUUUAGGUUCACUUGAGCUUCUUGCUGAAUUUGAUCCGUUCUUAUCAGAACAUUUAAAAUUAUAUGCGCGCCCUGGCCGUGGAAAUAUUUCGUAUUUAUCUAAAACAAUCUACGAAGAAAUUAUAUUAUUAAUUCAAAAUAAAGUAUUGCAACAUAUUUCUGAAGAAGUGCAAUCUGCUAAGUAUUUUGGUGUAAUUGUGGAUUCCACACCUGAUAUUGCUCAUGUUGAUCAACUUACGAUAAUUAUUAGAUAA